GUUAAGCGAAUUGGAUUGUUAUGAAUUGAUCAGCUGUUUUUGAUUAUUCCAAAAGCGCCAAUUUGUAUUAUUUUUGUGGUGGAGCUGUAUGGCAGAAAGCACCGGCGGCCCCUCAAGUAUACCAAAUACAACACCAGCUGCAAGUGGAGGUGCACGGAAUAUAACAAACUCUUAUUUAACGCAAUCCUUUCGUGAUCAACGUCAAAUUGAAAAUUUCGUACGCAGUAAUAAAUUGGUCAAAGUCAUAGAAGAAGCAACCCACAAUUUCAUCACCACUUUCCAGCAAUCCAAGCGACCAGAAGAUGCUUUAGAUGCCAUCAUUGUUAAAUUGACUUUCAUAUAUGGCGAUUUCUUUCGCCAUCCUUUGGAUUUAUUACAUUUUUGCAUUGAAGAACCUGUUGAAUUUUAUAACGCUGUUAAGUAUUGUGCCUUUGGCAUCAUACGCGAUAUACUCAAAAAUCAGUGCCCCCCGGCAGGAAGUGGAAAUGUCUCCGAGUCUAGCUUAAAGUUUAUCGAUAUCGAUCAGGUGCAUGUUCAAGUGAGAUUUUUGGGUUUCCCACUGCAACCGGAUUUGUGUUUUGAGCCUUAUUUGAAUUCAUAUCGAACGGGAUUGUCGCUGGUGAUUGGUAUUCUAUCGGCUUUAACGGAACCAGAGAAGUUUGUACUUCAAUCCGUUUGGUAUUGCUCUGCAGGCUGCACCAGUAAUAAGGUCAAAUCAAAUAGCUUGGAGGCACCCUUAUGCAAGAAUUGCAAUCAUCCCAUGAGUGAAUAUUCAAAGCUGAGACAUACUCAAAAUUAUUGCCUAAUACGCAUACUACCUGCAGCGGCAGUGGAAACACCACGCAAACUUAAUCAAAUCUUUCGUGCUCUAACCAUUCGUGUUUUUGAUCACGUUCACGAUUGCCCCCUACUGCUGGGAAAUCGUUACAUGAUAACAGGCUAUUACAACUACACCCACUAUUCGCAGGAAUUUCAAGCAUGGAAUUUAACCACAAUAUAA